UGAAGGCUCUGCCUUCUCCGAACAAAACGUUUUCUAACCUUAAAAUUCCGGUGGGGUAGCUCUGUUGUUGUGUACACACGUGUGACUCGCGUGCGGUCGUAAAGUUUGAUUAUUAUUAAAUUCGCUUGGAGAUAGAGCAAAAUGGGAAAGAAGUCAAUCAGUGAGGCCGACAACUCUGUUGUCUCAGAAGGGGAAAAAGAAAAUGGUCUUAGCUAUGAAGAGAAGUUGAACUUCUCAAAUGCGAUAGCCAAACCAAUGGCCUCAAAGAAGUUGUGUAAGAAGCUGUACAAAGUUAUCAAGAAAGCCUCAAAACACAAAACCUACCUCAGGAAUGGCCUCAAAGAUGUUCAAGCAAGAAUUCGUAAAGGAGAAACUGGGCUGGUUGUCUUUGCCGGAGAUGUUUCACCCAUAGAAAUUAUGUGCCACAUGCCCGCAGUCUGUGAAGACAAGGAUAUUCCCUACUGCUAUACCCCAGCUCGUGCUGAUCUUGGUGCUGCUAUGGGAGUGAAUAGAGCUUCAGUUAUGAUCCUAGUUCGUCCUCAUGAUGAUUAUAAAGAGCUUUAUGAUGAGUGUGCAGAGGAAAUGAAGCAUCUUCCUCAUCCUCUUUAGUUUAAUGUUAUUAUAUGCUAGUUUUAAGGUGUGGCAAUUAAAGCUGUUUUUCCAUGGAUGAGUCUUCUGGAGUUUAAUUAGAUUUAAUUCUGUAGUGUGGUUCAUUGUGCACUGCACAGUGUAUUGGAUAAAGGAAAAUUAAUUUAUAACAAGGAAUUUUUUUCAACAAUUUUAUUUUGUAUCAAUUAUUAUAAUUUUGACUAUUGGGUUGGAGUACCUGAAAUAAAAGGUAAAAAAUUAA